UUAAGUUGUCAGCAUUGAUAUUGGAUUAGUCAUCGGGAAAGCAAAACAAAAGUGUCUGGCUGAAAAAAAUCUCAUUUUCCGAAAUUUCUAGCCAUAUUUCUGUGAUUCCAACAACCAAACAGUCUCAAAAAGAUGAAUCGCCUUUUCGGAAAGGCUAAGCCCAAGGAGCCUUUGCCCAGCAUCAAUGAUUGCAUCCAAGGAGUUGACACUCGGGCGGAGUCUGUGGAACAGAAAAUAAACAAGUUGGACACAGAACUGCGCAAGUACAAGGAUCAGAUGGCUAAGAUGAGAGAAGGUCCGGCCAAGAAUGCUGUCAAGGCGAAAGCAAUGCGUGUCCUGAAGCAGAAAAAGAUGUACGAGAAUCAGGCUGAGAGUCUCAGGAACCAAUCUUUCAACAUGGAGCAGGCCAAUUAUGCCCAUCAGACACUGAAGGACACUCAUGCAACUGUAGCAGCCAUGAAGGAUGGGGUGAAGAGCAUGAAGAAAGAGUUCAAGAAGAUCAAUAUUGAUCAGAUCGAAGACAUCCAGGAUGAAAUGGCAGACAUGCUGGAGCAAUCGGAUGAGGUACAGGAGGCCCUUGGGCGCACCUAUGGCAUGCCAGAGAUUGAUGAUGAUGAACUGGCGGCUGAGCUUGAAGCUUUGGGAGAUGAUAUUGCUCUCGAUGAUGACACCAGUUACUUGGAUGACGUGGUGAAGGCUCCGGAGGCACCAGACAAGGAACCUGGAGCUGAUAGUGUUGUGCUUAAGAACAAAGAUGGAAUUCCAGUGGAUGAAUUUGGGCUACCCAUGAUUCCAGCAUCGAUGAAGACGACAUAAAAAGCCACAAAUGCACUACGUUCUCCGGAUAUUGCCUCCCAUCCUCCCACUGAGGGUUGUUCCAGGUGAGACACACGCAUUCUUGUAAUAUAUUUUUGUUUAUCUGUAGAUCAAAGAUGUUUCACUGAGCUUUGGAAUAUUUGCAAAUAAAGUCAAACGAAAAAAUAUUUUUAAAGACAUUUUUUAUUGGGAUUCGUACAAAUUUUUCAAUGAUCUAUAAUAAGUUUUUUAGUUAUUAAUUUUCUAAUUAAAUAAUUGAUCAAAUCAAAAAUAUAAAAGUAAAUUUAGGCUAUUCAAUAAUUUGAAAUACAUUAUAUUGGACCAAGGGGAGUAAAGGCAAAGGUGAAUCCUUCGAAAAAUAGACCACGCCCACUUCAAAGGAUUUUUUAGAUGAUAGUAUUAAAAUAUUUAGAUUUCUUGUAGGAUUCUCUGCAAUGCUAGAUAAAGUGAAAAUAGGAUUUUUGGAAAUGCUGAGAAAAAAUGCGACGCCCCUCGAAGCCACGCCCAUUUGACGAGAUUGUUUUCCACCAAAAACUCCCAUUUUUUAUAAACACUCGGAUAGUAUUUUCAAAAAAAAAAAACAGAAACAGCAAGUCCACCAUGAAAAUCUUUUGCAAAAAAA